UUUAACGAUUACAACACCCAAGGCUAAUUACAUUAAAAUUAGUUACAAACAAAGCGACAUAGAAAAAAAAGACAGAGGAUUGCAUAGAAAAAAAGAGGAAGAAGAAUUAACCUGACUUUUCCGAAGGAAAUGCUCUUUAUGGAUUCUGAUGAUUAUCAGGAAGUUGUUAAUGUAGAGAAUUCUGACAAUAAUAUGCCAGGAAAAAAGAAAAAACGGAAAAAUAGCCAAUCCAGUGAAUACAAGGAAAAAAAAACUAAAAACCAAGACAUAGCUUCAAAUUCUAAAAAGAACCUAAAACCACCAACUGUUGAAGAGUUAAAUAGACUUAAAGAAACGGAAAAUUUAUUUAACAGCAAUCUCUUCAGGUUACAGAUAGAUGAACUUAUUUCUGCAACCCAAAUUAAAAAUAAAAGGAAGCAUCAACUAGAAAUUUGGUUAAAUGAUUUUCGGAACAUGCUUGACAAACUCCCUGAAUACAAAAUAUUAUUGUCAGAACUUAAACAAGUUGCAAAAAAAAAAUUAUCAAGGCAAGAUAAAUUCAUUAACUUCAUAUCAAAAAAUUAUGUUUGUCCAUUGCAGACAGAUCAGGAUUUGAUGUUGAACUUUAUAAGACCUAAAGGGGUGGAGAGUUUUGGUUUGUUUGAAAAUAAUUGCUUACCAGGACCUACUCUUGAAGCACAUAUUAAUUUAAAAAUUCCAAAGUCUUACCUUAAUGCAAAGGACUUUCUAAAUAACAGAUAUUUUGUAAAAAAAUUUUACUACUUACUUUAUAUUAGUGAUAAUUUGGCAGUACAUAAAGUUGAUGUAGUGUAUUAUGAAAACAAUGUUCUUAUGCCUGUUCUGAAAUUGCAACUCACCGAAGAUGAUAAACUUAAAGUAUUUUGUCACGCCACAGCAGUAGAAGAUUUUUUUAAACCAUCAAGGUUCUUGCCGGAAGUAAACAAUAUGAAACAAGAUUUGUUCGAAUGUCAAAUUAUUAAUGUAGACAUACUUAAAGAGACUCCUACUCCUCUAUAUAAUAGUGCCAUAGCGAUUGAUAUCACUUUAAGUUUAAACAGUUCUCUUGUCAAAUCUACCCUCCAUGAAUUAGAAAACAUUCAAGAGGGAGUAAAAUUGCUCUACAUCUGGUUAAGGCAAAGAGAGCUUAAUAUUGGCUUUGGUUCUAUAACUGAUGAAUUACUUUUAUAUUUUAUAACAUAUUUAAUCAUUAAGAAGAAAAUAAAUAAAUAUAUGAGCUCUUACCAAGUUAUUAGAAUAUUUUGGACUUUCAUUACUACUGAAGAUUUGGAAAAAACACCCAUUAGUUUGACAGAGGUAGCAAGCAGUAUUACAGAGAGUUUUAAGGGGCAUUUUCCAUUAGUAUUUUUAGAUAAAACUGGUUGUUGCAAUUUCACAUCAUUUUUUAAUAUUGAGAUAUUGAAAAAGUUAAAAAUGGAAUCUGCAUUGGCAUUAAGGCAUCUGGAACAUGGCAGUAUCGAUUCAUUUCGCUCAUUGUUCUUAACGAAAUUGCCAUUCCCACUACAAUAUGAUUUGAUUUUAGAUUUGACAGAGUCUCUUCCUUUGCCUGAGCCAACUGUUUUGACUGAUCUGGAAAAAUCCAAAGUUGUAGGUUACAAUAACAUGUAUAAUUUAGAUCUCCUAAGUAAAAUGUUGCGGAAAGGGUUAAACAAACGGAUAUUGAACUUGGUACCGAGAACUGAAGUAGAGUUUUCCAAAAAAAAUGCACACUCAAUUACCAAAUUAAGUUAUGGAAUCAAUUUAAAUCCAGAAGAAGCCUUUAAUUUUAUGGAGUUGGGACCAGCAUUAAAUGACCACCUUAAAUCAGAUGAAUUUAGAACAUUUUGGGAUUAUCUUUCCAGUGAUAGAAGAUUUCAAGAUGGAAGUACAAAUGUUGCAGUAUAUUUUAAAACUCGUACAUUAAAAUCUAGGAGAGGAAUAAUAAAAAGAAUUCUUAAAUUUUUGCUCAGUGAAAAACUCAAUUUAGCAUUUCGUAUCUACUAUGAUGAAUUUGAUGAACUUUUAGUAAGUAAAAGAGUGGUGUUCCCAUACCCUGUUGGCACCAAUGAGGAGAAUUGCUUAAAAAUUGUAACCGCCUCAGAUCGGCUUGGAAAAAUAAUACGCGAUUUCCAGAUGUCUCUCAAUAUUAGUGGAAUACAAGGAAACUCUGACUCAUUUCAUUACAGUGAAGUAUUUCCGCCAGGUGCUACUACAUAUAGAGGCAAAAGUUGUACCUCUGUACAAGGAAAUAAUAUGGUAUUUACAGGGAAAAAGAUUGGAAUGAUACCUACAUAUGUACAACCUCUGGAAUGUGUUCUUCAAUUAGAACAUAGUUCCAAAUGGCCAAAUGACUUAGAAGGUAUUAGGCACAUCAAAACACAAUUUUAUUUGGAAAUUGCUUCAAUGCUACAAAAUUCCCACAACAUUGUAUGUCAUGUCACCAAAAAUUAUUUGGAAGUGCUGUAUGAAGGGUUCAUAUUUAGGUACAAGCUGUAUGUUCCAAAGGAGGUAUCCAUGAUUAAGAAGCAAGUUACAGAAGAUGGAUUGACAAGAUUCGUAGAUACUCCCGAAAGCUUAAACAUCGAAAAGAAUUUAAAUGUUUUACCAAAAGUAAAUAUGGCUUUGAAAGGUUUGCAGCAACAACAUCCAAGUUUUGGACCAGGGACAGCCCUUAUCAAGAGGUGGCUGAGAAGCCAACUUAUUGAUGAGCAUUAUCUUCCAAAUGUAGUAAUUAAUUUACUCAAUGCAUCUUUGUACAUGAAUAGUACACCGUUUAGUGAAGCAAACACUCCUCAAAUAUCAUUUUUGAGAUUCUUGAAAUUUAUAUCUGAAUUGCAAUGGUUCAUUCAACCAGUCAUUGUAAAUUUUAAUGAAGAAAUCUCCAAGGAAGAUAUAACUGAAUUAGAAUCUACUCUUCAACACAACAGACAGAAAGUUCAACCUUUGUAUAUUAUAAUUCCCUAUGAUCAAGGACAAUCCAUUUUUACGAAACACUCUCCAACAAAAGAAGUUUUGCACAGGAUAAAAUCACUCUCUGAAGUUGCUUUAGAUUUGAUUAUUAACAGAAUUAACGAGAGAAAUCUUUUUGAUAUAAAGCAACUGUUUCUUGCAAAUUGGGAGGGAUAUGAGCUUUUAAUACAUUUGAAACCUGUUAUGAAUCCGCGAAGACAUGAAGAAGUAAAUGAUGAUGGAAACAGUAAAAUUGAAUUACAGGAGUAUAAGCAUACGGAAAAUGAAAAAAUACCAAUUGUUGAUUUUGACCCAGUUCAAAUAUACCUUAACAUAUUGAGAGAAAAUUAUGGGAAAUUUGCCUCAUUUUUUCAUAAUACAUAUGGAGGAAAUACUAUAGGAGUAUUAUGGAAUCCAAAAAUAAAAAAAUCAGUUGAUUUUAAGGUGAGUCAUUUGAAAGGAAGAAAGUUGAUUGAUAAUAGUUUACAUUUUAACUAUGAUGCUAUUAUAGAUGAUUUCUAUGUAUUGGGAAACCAUUUGGUUAAAUUUAUAGAAAAACAAUAAUUAAUAAAUUAAGU